UUUAUAAUUUGUCUUAAAAUUAAAUUUUUAUCUAUAAAUUUAUUAAAUAUUGAGAAAAAAUAAUUUUUUUUGACAGAUACAAAUUAAAUAUAUAUUUUAAAACUGAAUCAUUAAAUUAUGUUAUAAAAUAAAAGAAAAUCUAAUAAAGUUCAAUGAGUUUAACUAAAGAUGCGAUGGAAAUGUGUGGCAAACAUUGUAAGAAAAUAUGCUACAAAAUCCAAUCAGUUCCAUGUUGGUAUAGUUGGUGCAGGCCCAGCAGGAUUUUAUUGUGCUCAGCAAUUGAUUAAAAUUAUUCCUGACUGCCAAAUUGAUAUUAUUGAAAAAUUGCCUGUUCCAUUUGGUCUUGUGCGUUAUGGAGUGGCUCCUGAUCACCCAGAAGUUAAAAAUGUAAUUAAUACAUUUACAAAAAUAGCUUUGCACAAAAAUGUACGUUUUAUAGGUAAUGUUACACUUGGGCAGGAUUUAACUUUAUCUCAGUUGAAACAGUCAUAUAAUGCAGUUGUUUUGGCGUAUGGUGCUGAAGAGGAUAGAAAAUUAAAUAUACCUGGUGAAAAUUUAUCAAAUGUUAUAUCAGCUUCAAAAUUUGUUGGAUGGUAUAAUGGCUUACCAGCCAAUAAAAGUAUUCAUGAAAAUUUGAAUUUGGAUGUUGAAGAUGCUGUAAUUGUAGGGCAAGGAAAUGUAGCUUUAGAUAUUGCUAGAAUACUUUUAACACCAGUUGAUAUCUUAAAGAAAACUGAUAUCACAGAGUACAGUUUGGAAGCUUUAUCUCGAAGCAGAGUGAAGAACAUAACUCUUAUAGGUCGACGAGGUCCACUCCAAGUAUCAUUUACUAUCAAAGAAUUUCGUGAAAUACUUAAAUUACAUGGAGUUAGCACAAAAUUUCAAAAUGGACAAAUGAAUGGCAUUGAUGAGCUUAUUGGUGGUUUACAAAGGCCUCGCAAACGUUUAAUUCAACUCAUGUAUGAUGCAUCAAAAAAUAAUAUUGAUGAAGAAAAGAAAUUCAAUAUUUUAUUUCUAAGAACUCCUAUAUUAAUAGAAGGAUCUGAACAUGUAAAAGGAAUUUUACUAUCAAAAAACUUAUUAGAAGGAGAGAAAGCAAAAAUAACAGAACAAAAAAAUAAACUUAAAUGUGAUAUAAUUUUCCGCAGUAUUGGUUAUAGAAGUAUCCAAAUAGAUCCUGAAAUACCAUUUGAUAAAUUGACUUCAACGGUUCCUCAAAACACAGGUUUAUAUAGUGUGGGAUGGUUGUCAUCAGGACCAGUAGGAGUAAUUCUAUCUACCAUGAGCCAAGCUUUUCAAAUUGCUGAGCUAGUUGGAAAACAUUUUAAUGAAGGGUUGAUUAAUGAACCUAAACCAGGAUAUAAUAAUAUUUCCAGACUUCUUCUCAAAAGAAAUGUUAUAACAGUUGAUUGGGAAGGAUGGACUAGAAUUGAUAAAGAAGAAAUCACAAGAGGCAUGAAAUCUAAUAAAAUAAGGGAAAAAAUUGUGGAUAUAGAUGAAAUGGUUCAAAUAGGAGGCAAUAUAUAGAGAUUUAAUUUUAUUCGGCUGUAUAUUUUUAUUUUUAUAUUUUUUUUGUUAAAUAUAAAAACAUAUCUAUUUAUUAAUA